AUGGGGCAGGUCCGGCUGCUCGCCCACGACUGCAACAACUGCCUCGACGUGUACCUGAGCCGCGGCAACCCCGACAUCCACCUCCCCAAGAAAGGGCCCCUGCGCUACCUCCUGUGGGGUCACUGGUUCCUGCAGAAGAUGAUCGCGCAGCACCAAGCGGCAGGCCAGCUGAAGACGCUCAAGGAGCGGGCGCGCGACGUCGGCGAGCGGCGGCUGAGGUACAGCGUGAAGGUCCCAGAGAAGCCGGCCUCAGCCGCCGGAGACAAGGAACAAGAUGGUGGUGAUGAUCAGCUCGUGGUGGCAACAGCAACGGCGGUCGUCGAUCAUUCUGGUGACGAUGGGAGGGCCUUCUUCCAGCCUCGCACCCUGGACGACUACCUCGAGGAGAAGGUCGUCCAAUGGAUAACAACACACAUACUCCUACAUGAAACCAGCAAAAGACCCAAGGGAUCGAUGAUACCGUCCGUCUCCAUUGUUGUUGCACCGGAACCGGAUGUAGACAAGGACGCCGGCUCUAUUGCGCAUGAAGCUUUGGCCAUAGUGCGUGCGGAGAACCAGUUCAAGUCCAGUGUCCUGGUCGACAUCCCGUCAGUGCACUUGGAUUUUAUGCCCCUACGACCCAAGGAGAUUCUCUACUACAUCCUGCGGGAGCUCAACAAGGAGCCCGAGCAUGCCAAAUCCCCGUCCCAGUCCCAGGACGAACAGGAAGGGGAAGGCACAGAUGAGAAGCAAGGGGAUGAUGAGGCUGACAAGCAGUAUAUUGAACGGAGUAGAAAAUGGGAUAUUUAUUUUGAAAAAAAGGAAUUGAUGAAGGAAGUCAAGAGAAAUAUCCAAGCCAUGCAGCUCAAAGACAAGAUUGAAGAGAUCAAGAAGGAACUUGAGCAAGGGAAAAGCGACAAGCUGCUGCUGUGGGGCCCCAAGAAACAAAUGAAGAAGGACGAUGAGAAGAAAAAGAUGAAAGACAAAAUCUCCGAAAAAAACUUAGGCGUACUCCUCCUGCUGCUGCUCAAGUCAGCUACAGCUGCUGCAGAUGGACAAGACCAAGAAAGGAAGAAUAAAGACAUGCCUACAUUGGCUCCAUGGUAUGACGACAUUGUAGAGGAAGCAGCCAAGAAGCUUCAAGAGUGCAUAGAGAAGGAGGAGGAACUAGAAGAAGAACAACAAGAAGAAGAAGAAUACGAGGACUAUGACGAAGAGUAUUAUGUUGAUGAAGAUGACAACAGUGAUGGUGAUGAAGAUGAAGAUGAAGAUGACAACGAAGAUGACGACGACGAUAAGGGCCCGAUUCUUCUCGACUCUGAACAGUAUGCCAACAUCCUGCGGGAGGUGUUCCAAAAGAAUAGCAACAGCAAGCCCCAGCAACAGGGCCAGCAACAUGAUCAAGACAACACCCAUACAUUGGGCGAGAAUCAGAUAAAACAAAUUGUUGAAAUCGAAAAGGCCAAACUGGAACUCCUGCAGCAGCUGUUGCAUGCGAGGACCAGCUACAACAGCAAGUCCCCGCAAGCCCAGGAGGAAGACAGUUUGGCGACCGCACAAGCUACAAACUCCAGGACGAGCAAGGAUCCAAGCACAGAAAAAACUGACACAGCAAAGACAAAAUCUGAUGGCCAGGAUGGAAACCUCCAGCUCCUGGAUCCAGCAGCUAUUGCUCAAGGAACCAUAGAGAAGAAGGAACAUGCGGAGACAAGCAAUACCAAUAAGUCCCUGCAGGCCCCCGAGCAAGGCAGCUUGGCAACUGGCCAAGCCACAAAUUUCACAAUGACUGUACCGGAAGAGGGCCCAAGCAAAAAAAUAAUUAAAAAGAAAGGACCAGCUAAAUUGGAUGGUCAGGAUCAAAACCUCGAAGCAAUUGUUCAAGAAACUAAGGAGAAGAUGGAAGAAGUCAAGUGGAAAAUUAACGAGCAACUGAAGAUCAGGAGGAUAAUGGACAAGAUUAAAAAAUGCCUGAAAGAUGAAAGUGCCGUGAUUAUCCUCAAAAUUCAUGAUCGGAUGAUCCAUGAUUUCCCAUGGGACGAGACCAGAAAUGCUUUGAGCUUUUUGGAUUGCAUUGCAGGUGCUGUGAUUGUCACCAACCCAAGUGACAGCAAACAAGAAUAUUGCUAUCCCCAAAAGCAGGAACCCAUAAACUAUUCUCUUGUUGGCCUUUACCAUGAUGAUAUUCUCAAGCGUACAAGCCAAAAGAAGCAUGAGAAGAUUAUUCGUGACAUCCUAGACAUGUGUAAGCUAGAUGAGUUCUGCAUGAAGAUCUUUGCUCAUGCUUUGUAUGCCAACCCCAAGAGGCACAUUGAAGACCUGAACAAGCUGCACAGCACACUGCAGAAGGUUUCACCAAAUUCACCUGCUAGUAUUGCUAAGAAGGUGUUCAAGUUCUCUUACAAUGAUCUGGUUAAAGAAUACAAAUCAUGCCUAUUGUACCUAGCUAUCUUCCCUCUAGAAUACAAAAUCAGGAGGUCAACCUUGAUAGGAAGAUGGGUUGCAGAAGGGCUGAUAACUACAGAAGACUGGCUCUGGUCCCAUUCAGUGUGUAAAGCCGAAAAAUGUUUUGACAACCUCAUCAGACGGUUGCUUGUUCAUCCUGUUGAUUUUGGUGCUACAGGAGAGGUCAAGAGUUGCAUGGUGACAAAGAUAAUUCAUGGUUUCAUUACCAAUAUUGCGGAGAAACAACAUAUCAUCGUGGCGCGCCUGUCACAUCAUUUGGCUCAACAUUUCUCCAUUUACAAUGAUCUCCGGCCGUGGCUCGUGGCUCUGAUACAAUCACUGAUUUCUUCAAAAAGCUUUCCAAAUCAUCUCCCCUACUCAAGCCUAAGGGGAACAAAUGCUACACAGCUUCCUAUUGAAAUCAACAACCUCCAAGAGCUGGAGGUUUUGGAUAUCAGACAGACCAAGGUGCCAGCAAAGGCAACAAGACAUAUCCGGCUACUAAAGCUGAAGCGUCUGCUGGCUGGCGACACUGAUCCAAGUCUAAGCAGCACUGACAUUGCCAGUGUCCAGGUUCCUGAAAAGGUUGAAAAUAUGGAACAUAUGGAGGUACUGUCCAAUGUCAAGCCACUGAGUAGUCAAGAUUUGAAAGACAUUGGAACACUUUAUGAGUUGAGGAAGCUCGGUCUGGUUAUUGAGGACAAGGAUAGUCACCUCAGGGAGUUGUUUAUAUUGAUCAGUAACCUACACAAAUACCUUCGGUCUCUGUCUAUCACUCUUCAUUCCACAACCAAACGCGAGGGCACUCCCUACAGCAGAGGUUAUUCUUAUUUGCUGAAUGCUACCAAUAGAAGGUUAUCUAGCAGUAAUACUGAAUAUCAUAGCCUGCUGAAAGACCCUCCCAAGCUUCUUGAGAGUCUAAACAUAAGUGGAACCACACAAAAUGUGCAGCUUCUUCAAGAAUUGCUGGCCAACGGCGUUAAAGAACUUGUCAAGGUAACUUUAAGUAACACCUCACUAAAACAGGACGAUCUGGAGGUCCUCGGCAAGCUGCCCAAGUUGAGAUGUUUCAGACUUCAAGAUAUUUCAUGCACUAACACAAAGCUCACCUUCAACGAGGUUGAAUUCCCAAGACUCAAGUACUUUAUUUUUGAGGGCUCAAGUACGACUGACAUCAGUUUUCAAGUUGAAGGGACACAUGGGCUCGAGGAGAUCGUUUUGUCCUUGAACAUUGAUGGCCUUCCAAAUAUGGAGCACGAACUGGAGGAGCACAAGUCAAACAACACUGCCACCAACACCAACACCAUUGCUGCUGCCACCACUGGAGUCAGUGGCCUUCCAACACAGGAGCAGAACAAGUCAAACACCACCACCACCACCACCACCAAUGCCACCACCACCACCACCACUGAAGUCAAUGUCCUUCCAAAACUGGAGCAGGAGUCAAACAAAAAUGACACCACUACCGUCGCAGCCACCACCACCACCACCACCACCACCGAUGACGCCACCACCACCACCGAUGACGCCACCGUCACCACUGAUUCCACCACCACUAAAGUCAAUGUCCUUCCAAAACUGGAGCAGGAGUCAAACAACAACGACACUGCUACCGUCGCAGCCACCACCACCACUGUAGUUGAUAGCCUUCCAAAACUAGAGGAGCAGAAGUCAAACAACAGCACUACCACCAUCAACACCACCACUGGAGUCGACAGCCUUCCGAAACAAGAGGAGCAUGACUUACACCCCAUCACCACCACCCGCAAUAGCGUGCUGCUUUCAUUGUUUGACAAUAAUGCCAAGCAAAUAGCCAAGGUAACUCUUCGUGGUACCCUGCUAAAGGAAGAUGCCCUACGAAAACUUGCUAAGAAACCAAAACUACGCUGCCUGGUGCUCUUAGAGAAGUCUUAUGAUGAAAGCAAUCUUACCUUCAAUGAAGAUGACUUUCCAAAGCUCAACAUUCUUAUCGUCAACUGCUCCAACAUCAACAAGAUUAACUUCACCACAAGAUCUGCUCCGAAGCUUGAGAAGAUCAUCUGGACAUUCGCCAAGGACAGGACCGAUUAUUCCCUCUCCGGCAUCAACAACCUUCCGAAACUGAAGGAUUUCGAGUUCUACGGUGAUGCUGUCCCUCAUCAGGUGCGAGAAGAGCUUAACAAACAUAGAAACAAACCGAUCCUUAAGAAAAACAAACCAGAAAAUCAAGAGCAAGAAAUAGGAAACACACCAGAAGAGAAGGGCACUACAUGUUUCCCAUUCUGCUGGAAGAACAAGGUUUGA